AUGUCACAUUUAAGAUACUUGUGUUCAUCCAUUCAUGUCUGUUGUAUUUCAGGUCCGAUCCCCUCAGCGGACGCACACACCAAAGCCAAAUUCAGCCUCAGUAGAUUCAUCUGCAGAUCAAGCUGGAGUGCCACAGCAGAGACGUCUGACAGCAUUGUGUCUCUGACUGUGUGCUUGCAGUCAAAUGCUCAUAUUGGAGUCGAUAAGCUGAUCCUGGAUCAGGGAGAAGGAGUCAGUCUAGCAGAGUUUGUCCUGCUCUUUAACCCCUGGUGCAAAAAGGACUCCGUGUAUCUGGCGGGUGAAGCUGAACGGGAGGAAUACGUCAUCUCUCAGGACGGGCUGGUCUACCGCGGGAUACCCAAACGUAUCACAGUUUUACCGUGGAUUUUUGGACAGUUCGAGCCUGGCAUACUGGACAUCUGUCUGCAGAUUUUAGAUGAAAGUCCAAACUAUAUGAGUGACGCAGCUCUGGAUUGUUCCGAGAGGAGGAACCCCGUUUAUGUGACUCGAGUCCUCAGUGCCAUGGUUAACAGUCUAGGUGAUAAAGGAGUUCUGGCAGGUAACUGGUCAGGUGACUAUGAGGAUGGCGUAAAGCCCACCGUAUGGAAAGACAGCUGCUCCAACCUUCACUUUUCGGGAAUCAUGAUUGAAAAGGAGUAUCAAAAUAUGGGCACACUACUGAUGGGGGACCUGUGCCCCAUGUCCAGAGCUCUGGGAAUCCCAUGCAGAGUCGGCACUAACUUUGGAUCAGCACGUGACAGCAAUGGAGACCUAAUAAUGGAGCGUUUCUACAACGAAUUUGAUGAGAACAUUGCUGACGACUCCAUAUGGAACUUCCACGUUUGGGUGGAGAACAGGAUGACACGUCCAGACCUCACGCUCGGAUACGAGGGCUGGCAAGCGAGUGACCCAACACCUCAGCAUAGGAGUGACGGCGUCUUCUGUUGUGGUCCUGCCCCAGUGAGAGCCAUUAAAGAGGGCGAGCUCACUUUCAAAUACGACAUCCCAUUCGUGUACGCCAAGGUGAAUGCUGAUGUGGUGGAGUACAUCAAACUGAGAGAUGGAAGAGUGUUUAAGAUGGGCGGAUCCACUACGGAGGUUGGGAAAUCCAUCAGCACCAAAGCAGUGGGUCGAGAUGAGAGAGAGGACAUUACACACAACUGCAAGUAUCCAGAGACGGGAGCCACAACGAGUGUGUCACACCUGCCUCAAGACCUUUUACCGUUUGCACUCCACUUAUCCACUUGUUUACACAUCAAGGUCAGAGUGACCCCGGACAUGCAGAUCGGCUCUGAUUUUGAUGUCUACGCAGAGCUCAAAAAUAACACCAUGGUCACAAAGUCCUGGCGGGUCAUGUUCUAUGCCCAAGCGGUGUCCUACAAUGGCACACUUGGUGAAACCUGUGGAUUGGGCGAGUUUACAGAGAUGAAUUUGGCUUCUUCUGAAGGUGAGCCUGGUUCCUUACAUUUUGAAUUUACUUAUGCAGAGUACAGUAAAGCCAUAACUCAAGACAGGAUGAUCAAACCGGUGGCUUUACUCAUCGAUACAGAGAAACAGGACUUUUACAGAGCAAAGAAGACCAUCUUACUUGAUGCCCCUGAAAUAAUCAUCAAUAUCCUGGGUGUGCCGAAAGUGGGCCAGAACCUGGUGGCAGAUUUAGUGCUGCAGAAUCCACUGCCAGAGCCCCUGGAACUUAGGCUUGGAAGAGUUGGUCCUAAAGAGUUUGCCACCGCCAAAGUGGAAUUCACACCAAAACUGCCAGGACAAAGAAAAAUACUGAUAGAUUUUGCCAGCAAUAAACUUCACAAUAUUGAGACCUUUGAGAAUCUCGUCAUCUAUGAAUAA